AUGACGUAUCGACGUAGUCAAGAUUUUUCUAUUAGUUCAAUGAUUCAAUUUAAUUGUGAUGGUUCACUUUCAACAACUACAAAAUGGACAAUAAAGAAUUGUACUUCAACUAGUUGUUCAUUUGACAUUCUAUUAAAUGAAAAAGUUAUGACAGCAUAUACUGAACUUUAUAUUCCAUCAAGAACUCUUGCUUAUGGUGUUUAUCAAUUAACACUAACUGUAAUAAUGAUUGAUUCACCAAAUUUAAAAUCUUCAUCUUCAGUUUAUGUGAGAAUAACUGCAACAGGUAUAACAGCAAAUCUUGUUCAAUUAGGAACAUCUAUGGUAACACGAGGUGAUCAACAGGAUCUUUUACUUGAUCCUGGAACAUUUUCAGUUGAUCCUGACGAAGAUACAUUUGAUGCAACUAAAUGGAAAUAUACAUAUUAUUGUCGAAUUUAUGGUUUAUAUAAUUUUCCAAAUAUACAAGGCAUAUUAUUAUCAAUUGAUGAUUCAAGAAUUGAUCCUUAUAAUCCAUCAUGUUUGUCAACUCGAUCAGGAAAUGGAACAGGAUUGAUACUCGGAAAUUUAACUUUAUCACCUAAUUCAUCUCUAAAAGUCCUCGGUGGUUCUCUUCAAUCUAAUCGAAUGUAUCAAUUUAUGGUUUAUAUGGAAAAUCGUAAGAAUUCUUCUAUUCAAGCAACAGGUUAUGUACUGGUUACAAUUGAAGUUACUCAUCCACAACUGAUUGCUGUUGGUUGUGUAAUAUCAUCAAUGUGUGUUCCAAAUCUUGAAUUUCAACUUCUUAAUCCAACAACACAAGUUGCUUUAUUUACUGUUUGUAUUGGAACUUGUACAAAUCUUCAAAGUAUUAAAUGGAAUAUUUAUCAAGGAUCAGACAAUUCAACAUCUUCAAAUUCUACCCAAUGGACUUUAUUUAAUAAUACGAUUCUAUAUGAAAAUAUUUGGUUUUUUGGUACAAAUACAAGUAAUUUCACAGCAACAGAUCUAUUAUUUCUUAAUAAUCUUCAAAUAAGUCUUUGGCGUUUUGAAGUUGUUUAUACAUUUCUAUCCGCAAUAAGUACAAGUGCAUUAAAUUUUAUUAUUAAUCAACCACCUGCAAAUGGUUCAUGUUCAAUCAAUCCUCUUAGUGGUACUAUAACUACUUUAUUUACUAUUGAGUGUCCAAAUUGGUAUGAUGUAGAUGGAAUACAAGAUUAUUCAUUAUAUGCAUGGACAACAGACAUAUCACAACGAACAAUAAUUGCAUUUUCACCGGAGUAUAAUUUUCAAGUUCGAUUACCAGCUGGUGAUAAUGAAACUUCAUUACUUAAUCUUGUUGUUUAUGUUCGAGAUCUUGCUGGUUCUGUUACACAAGUGAAUAUAUCUUCUGUUAAUAUUAUUAGAGAUUUAGCAACAAUCAAUGAUUUAAUUGAUAAAAUAACAAAUUCAUCGAGUACGAUAACAAAUAAUCCAGUUGUUCGAUUACUUUCAAGUGGAAAUCAAAAUGUUGUUGGACAAAUAAUGACUGCAUUAUCACAAGAAUUCAAUCAAAUGAAUAGUGAAAAUUUAGAUCAAGCUAUUUCAAGUGGAAUACCAGCUGCAACUAUUUCAGUAUCAUCAUUAGGAAGUCAAACUUUACAACAAAUUUCAAUACCAUUAAAUGAAUCAGCUUUGAUUAAUUAUAGUAUACAAUUAAAUUCUCUAGCAAAUGUUCGAGAUUAUCUAGUAACAUUUAUAACUAAUCUUCUUAUAACAACAUCAAAUAGUAUUAUAUUACAAUCAUCAUCAUUAGUUCAGUUAACUCAAUCAACAAAUCAAUUAACACGAAAUACUUUAUUGCUUGUAUCAAAUCGAUGUUACGAAUUAUCUGCUGCUCUAUAUGCAAUAUUUGAAAAAAUCUCAUAUGAAGAUGCUCAAUCAGCAUCAAAUCAACUUUUUCAAUGUGCUUCAAAUAUUUUAAAUGCCGUGAAUGGACCAUUACAAGGACGAACAGAGGUACUUGAUUUAGAUAAUUCUCGUGCAAAUGUCAUAUCUACUGAUUAUGAUACUGAUCUUGAAUCUGCGUGGUCAAAUUUAAAUUUAUUUUCUGACGGAAAUGAUUUUUCUACUGAAACAAUUGAAAAAAAUCGAAAUAUUUAUUAUCAAAAACAAUUAGCAAAUCAAAUCAAUAGUCAAGUAACACAAAUCAUAUCAUUACUAACUUCUUCAUUAAAUAUUCACUUAAAUAUUGGUCAAAGUUCACUAAUGAAUACAUCUCAAUCAUUUGUAUCAUUAGAAACUAUAUCAAUUGCAUCACUUAAAGAUAGACUAGUGAAACAAGUUGAAAAUGCUCAAUUUAGUAUCCCAUCAGAUUUUAUUUUGAACACAACGUCUAAUUCUUCAAUUUCACUUCGAUCCAAAAUAGAUCCACUUGCUUCCUUUGGAAAUUUUCAAAAUACAAAUCUUUCAAGAUCAGUUUCACUUUCGAUUAUUGAUCAAAAUGGAAAUGAAGUUUCUUUUGAAGCCCACCAAGAUAAUCCAAUACAAUUGAUUAUUCCUCGUGAUCCAAAUAUAUUAAUUCCAUCAAUGUAUUUACAAAAUGUUACAUCAAUUACUUCAACUAUUAAUAAUUUAUUAUUUAAUUAUCAUUAUAUUAAUAUAACAAGUUCACUUCCAAUUUCAGUUCAUUUUGAAAUUCAUUCUUUAAAUACAAAUUUAGCUUAUUUAUUUAUUUAUAAAUUUGAUCAAACACCACAAUUAAAUAGUUCAAUAAAUAUUAUUGAUGGAUGGACAAUUUCUUGUCCUUUCAAUUUAACCAAUGAUGAUAUAUAUCGAUAUUUUAUUAAUAAUCAACAAACACCUGGUCAUCAAUCAUUAAUAUUUGGAAUAAGAGAAUUAAAUUCAACUGAAAUUACUAAGUAUUGUUUAAAUAGUUCUUCAAUAAAUACGUCUUUACCAAUUACCGAUGAAUCAUUUAAUUUUACAUCAAAUUAUGAACUUCGUAUAUAUACAUCAGGCUGUUAUUAUCUUGAUGAUAAUAAUAAUUGGAAAUCAGAUGGAUUAAUUGUUGGAUCAUUGACAAAUCUGUAUGAAACCGAAUGUCUUUCAACUCAUUUAACAACAUUUGCUGGUGGUUUUAUUGUUUUACCUGCACCAAUUAAUUGGAGUUAUGUUUUUGCCAAUGCUGAUUUUAUGAAAAAUAAAACGGUUUAUUUAACAAUGAUAUUUACUUCAAUAGUUUAUAUUAUUUUAAUGAUUUAUGCACGUUUUAAAGAUAAGAAAGAUUUUGAAAAACUGGGAGUAACACCAUUAGCUGAUAAUAAUAAAUCUGAUCAUUAUUAUUAUCAAAUUCUUGUUUUUACUGGUCAAAGAACAAAUGCAGGAACAGAAUCAAAAGUUUAUUUUGUUUUAUCGGGUGAAAAUGAUCAAACACAAAUUCGAUUAUUUUCUGAUCCUCAUCGAAAGAUUUUUCAACGUGGUGGAAUUAAUUCUUUUAUUAUUGCUGUUCCAAAAUCAUUGGGCUUAUUAAAUUAUAUUCGUAUUUGGCAUGACAAUACAGGUGAAGGUUCUUCAGCAUCAUGGUUUUUAAAAUAUAUUAUUGUUCGAGAUUUACAAACUUUGGAUAAGUUUUAUUUUAUUUGUCAACAAUGGUUUGCAGUUGAAAAAGAUGAUGGACGAAUUGAACGAAUUUUACCAAUUGCUAGUGACGCAGAAAAGCAAGAAUUUUCAUAUGUAUUAUCAAAAAAAGCUUAUCAUAGUGUAUCCGAUGGUCAUUUAUGGUUUUCAAUAUUUUCUCGUCCACCAUCAAGUAAAUUUACACGUGUUCAACGAUGUACUUGUUGUUUUGUUUUAUUCUUUACUUCGAUGUUACUUAAUAUAAUGUAUUAUGAUUUAUCAAAUGAAGCGAACGCAUCAAGUGAAACGCAUAGUGGCGCUUUAUCGAUUGGUCCUUUUUAUAUAGCACCACAACAGAUUGGAAUUGGUAUAAUGGUCGAAUUAUUUACAUUGAUUCCAAGUCUCUUAAUUGUUCAAUUCUUUCGACGUAUUCAACCUCGUCAACAAGUCUCACGAUUACGUGAAGCAUUAUAUAAGAUGAAACCAUCUCGAAAAACUUCGAAAAAUAUUCCUGCAAUUAAGAAAAAGAAAUCUUCAGUAACAUUUCCUUGGUGGUGUUUAUUUAUUGCUUAUGGUCUUUCAAUGAUAAUUAUUGCUGUCUCAAUAUUUUUUCUCAUUGUUCGAGGAAUUGAAUUUGGUGAUGUCAAAACUCAACAAUGGUUAACAUCUGUUCUUACUGGUUUUUUCUCAUCGGUUAUUUUCACUCAACCUAUUAAAAUUAUAUGUUUGGCUAUAUUCUUCAUAUGUUUUUGUCGAAAUUCAAAAGAUGAUAAAGAAACAAGUGAAUAUAUAAAUGAAGAUGAUGAAUUUAAUUUAUCCAAUGAUGAGGAAUAUCUUCAUUCACUUGAGUAUCGUUCAAUAUUUUCUUCUCAAUCUCGAAAAAGUAUUAAUCGUCUUAAUGAAAAUGAAAUUAUUUAUGCUCGUGAUCAACGUUUAAAAGAAAUUCAAAUGUGGGGAAUUAUUCGCGGAUUCCUUAUUUGUUUGAUAUUUGCCAUAUUAGUGUUUGUAAUAACUUAUUCAAGUCGUGAACAACAUAGUUUUUCUCAAGUCAAUCAUUUACGAGCUUAUUUUCUCAAUCAAAGACAAACGACUGCUGGCUAUACUCAAAUCAAUACAAUCGAUGAAUAUUGGUAUUGGUUAGAAAAUAGUUUUGUAUCAAAUAUUCGUGCACAACAAUGGUAUAAUGGAGAUACUCCACAAUAUCUAAAUGGAUUCUUAAAUGAUAAAUUCAGUCGAUUAAUUGGUUGGGCAACAAUGAGACAAUUACGUGUCAAAUCAGAAUUAUGUCCCGAUCAACGUGUCAUUUCAAUAUGCGAAGAUAGUUAUAAUUUUUUUAACGAAGAAACACAAUUAUUUCAACCAGGAUGGACAACAAAUACAACGACUGAAGAAUUCAGUUCAUCAGUGUUAAAAGCAUUUAACUAUUCUACGAGUGAUGAAUUAGAUACAUGUACAUAUGUAGGGGAAUUUGAAACAUAUAGAGGAGGUGGUUAUGUAUAUGAAUUUCGUGGUCCUUUAUCCGAUAUGAAAACAAAUUUAUCUAGACUUCAUCAAUUAGAUUGGAUUGAUGAGAAAACAAGAGCUGUUUUUAUUCAACUAACAUUAUAUAAUCCAAGUGUUCAAUUAUUAACUGCAGUUACUUUACUUGCUGAAUUUUUACCAACAAGUGGCGUUUAUACAACAGCUCGUUUCGAACCAAUUAAUUUCUACACAUUUACAUCAAUAUUACAAUUAAUUUGUACAAUUUUCUAUAUAUUUUUUAUAAUAUAUUUUAUAAUCAUUGAAAUUCGAUUAUUAUUUGAAUUAAGAUUAAAAUAUUUUCGUCAAUUUUGGUCGCUAAUUCAAUUAGGUAUAAUUGGUUGUUCAUUGGGAAGUAUUGGAGUUUAUUUUUGGCGUUUUCAAGAAACUAAUCGUAUCAGUCAAUUAUUUGAACAAACAAAUGGUUAUAUUUAUAUCAAUUUACAACUUGCAGUUUAUGUUAAUGAUAUUUUAACAUUUCUUCUUGGUUAUUGUUGUUUUUUUAGUACCAUUAAAUGUCUUCAAUUACUUCGUUUUAAUCAACAAAUAUCUUUAUUUGCUGAAAUAUUAAAAUAUUGUGCAAAGGCAUUGAUUUCAUUUUCGAUAAUGUUUGCAAUUGUAUUUAUGGCAUUUCUUAGUUUAUUUUAUUUAUUAUUUGUAUCAAAACUUUCGUCCUGUUCAAGUUUAUUAAACACUACUCAAAUGCUUUUUGAAAUGACAUUAAUGAAAUUUGAUGCAUCACAAAUAAUGGGAGCUGAUGCUUUUCUUGGUCCAUUCUGUUUUGCUUUAUUUAUUUUUCUAGUUGUUUUUGUUUGUUUAAGUAUGUUUGUUUCAAUAAUUAGUGACAGUUUUCGUCAUGCGAAAGACAAUCAAAAAGAAGAUCAAAUUAUGCUAUCAUUUAUGCUUAAGAAAUUUUUACGAUGGUCAGGUUUGAAAAGAUUAAAUCAAUCAGAAAUUCAAGAAGAACGAGAUUGUCGAAUGCGUUUACAAUAUUUUGAUCCAGUUGAAAAUUUUCCUGAUAAAAUUGAUCAAUUACUAGAGGCAUUCAAUAAAUCAAUGAGCAAACAAAUGAAACCUGUGCAAGAUAAUAAAUUUGGAAACACCGAAGAUAUAUGGAAGGGAACUAUGAGAAAUUCAAAUACCAAAAAAAGAUUCCAGAUGAAAUGUUCUUACAGUCAACUUGCGUGUUGCUUUUGCUUGGCCAUCACUCUUGCUCUUUUAGUGAGCGCAGUCAUUGGUACUGUACUUGCUAUUGUCUUACCACAUACAACCACCCGAUCAACAUCAACCACGACUUCAACAAAAGUCGGACGUUUAAUCCUUGUUUUUCCCGGUUUAUUUAUUUCGAUCCUGUCCGCUUUUUCCUUUUUGGCCGGAGUUCGUCAACAUCGACAACAAGUACUUCAACAACCAGUACGACUUCGUCAACCAGUGCCACAACUAGUACGACAUCGACAACAAGUGUCACAACCAGUACGACAUCGACAACAAGUACCUCAACCACCACUACGACUUCGACAACGAGUACUUCAAGUAUGA